UUGGUAAUAAUGGCGAUAUACAUGUACAGCUAUGUGUUUAGAAAAUGCUGUUAAAUCAGUAAUGACUAGUUUUUGUUUGUUCAUUAUUUUGUUGUAGGUCCAUUCGCUCAGGUUGCUUGCAGCUCAUUGUAUGGUGGACAGCGAUGGUAUUAUGACUUAAGAGUUACAAAUUUCUUCAUGGUUUAACCCCUGUAGUUCCAAGAGUGAACAACUUAAUUUUUCUCCCCGCAGUAUGAAUACAUAAUCAAGAGAAGAAGUUAUGAGAAUAAAGAAAAUGAUUCACCAAAGGGAAAAUGCUUUGAUGAUUUAUCAAAUUCUCUCAAGUUAUUUCUCAAGGAAAUGUAUGGAGAUCAGUUUGGCUAACAGAUCGGACGCGAAUACCGUUAAACUGCCGCUCAAAAUAUCUUCAUAUACAGCUUCCUAAGGGGUUUUAAAAGAGCUUAUAAACUGAGGAGCUUAUAUCCGGUGUGGCUUAUGACCGGAAUAGGUGAAAAAUACUAAAAUACUUUAGCGUCGAGUAUACAGCCUUAACUAAUACUUUAUGAAUUGCAUUACUUUGUUCAUAACACUGCUGACUUGUAAUGCGUAUUGAUAUAAUGUCAGAUUUGUUUUUUUCUUUUUUAGUUGCUCCUCCAGACAAUCGUGAAGACACUGACCCAGAAAGAGUGCUGGCUGUUCUAAAAUAUAGAGAUGGGAGUAAAAAGAAUUGGAAGUAUGAUAGAUAUUCUCAUUUCGUCCCCUCACAAUAAAACACAAUUCAGGGGCACCCAACGAGGAUAUAGUUCAAAACCAGUUAACAUAGCAUUGUUGAACGUAUUCAAACGGUAGAUAUAGGCAUAUUUUUAUCCCCUAAAAACUUUUCAUCUGUUCGGAUUUCCUAGCUGAAAAUCUAGUGAUCCGAAAAUUAUAGGGAUAAAAACUUACCUUCUCGAAAAUUUCAGCCAGGAAAAGGCUCCCGAAAAUUCUAUGUGGCCUUUUUUAGGGUCAAAAUCCGUUAAAAAAGAGUAAUUAUACCAUUUUGUAGAUGUCCGAAAAUCCUAGGAGAGGCAGGCAAGCAAGAAAUUUUACAACAAAUGCUCCGAAAAUUCUAGAUCUCAAAUCGUCUUCCGAACAGAUAUUUUCUCGAAAAUUGCCGUUGGGUGCCCCUGACAAUUACUAGGGAACUUUAGCAACGACGAAGGCGACGACAACGUUAACUUUAAAAAAGCUGUCUGGAUUUAUUAAGAAAAGCAACAACUUUGCACGUGCAUCACGUUUUCUUGUAUAUUUUUUUGCCGUCACUGCACGACUACGACGUGAAAAUCCCUAAUUUCACGUUUUAAGGUGAUGCUACACCGGACGAUUCGCAACGACGAUUUAUAGCGCAACACAGGGUUCCAAUGUUGGAACAAUGUUGUAGUUAUUCGAAACAAUGUUGCUACGCUGUGUUGCGCUAAAAAUCGUCGUUGCGAAUCGUCUCGUGUAACAUCACCUUUAUGGAGGACGUGAACAAGCGACGACGAAUUUUUCUUUCUCUUUCUAAACUUGAAUGCAGUUCUCAAGAAAUCAACUCCAGGGAAAUUCGCCUACAUUUGACUUUUUUCGCGAAUUGAAAUAGACGCGACAAAGUUUGUAAAAAACUUCAAUUCAUUUUAAAAUUGAAUUUUUCGCUGCCGUCGCCGUUGUAGUCGUCGAUAUGAAAGCUCCGUAAUAACUUUUUGUAUUGAUUGAAAUGCUGAGUAGUGGAGUAUCAAGAACGUGUAAUUUAAACUGUUAUUUGGAACAAGAUAAGAUACUUUUUAUCAUGUUUAUAAAAAUUUAUUUGGGAUUUAAAGUUCCAUCAACAUGCGUUUGUGGCAAAAUCUUUCAUCAUGACGCUUUCAUUUAAUAAAAAAAGUAACAAAUUUUUACAUUAUAGAAAGUAUAAGGAACACUGUCAUUUCAACAUUUUUAUGUCCGAAGAGUACGUUUUAACAAUUUUAAGUUUACAAUAUAGAAGGUUAAAUUUAGAUUACUAAAAAACACGACUAAACAAUCUUAUCACGUUUUUUAUGUUGCCUUAAUGUUAUGCAGGCGAGGGAAAGCUCCAGCACUUGAGCUUGAAAAGUAUCUGGAAGAAGUUAGGUGGGUGAUCAGAUAGAAAGUACAUUAUGUUAGUAUUCCAGAGUUAUCGUUUGGAAAGUAACAUCUAUUGCAAGAUUUUCAGUACUCGUUUGUUAUACUACGUAGUUCCCUGAUUCUAACUCGCAACUUUGAAGAUGUCCUUUUGUCAGUAGCGACCAAAAUGCCUAGAGAGAUGACAUACAUCUACAAUAAAGUUUACUCAGCUUGGUGUUGGGCGGUGGGUGGGGGCAGAAGAACAGGGGUUAUUAUCGUCAACCUUUCCAUUAUCGGGACUUGCUUGACCUGAGAUUUGGACUAAAUGGUGAUGGCAUUUGGAUAGCUUUUGAUUUGAAGGGAAAAUUUCUCCUUUAAUCGUAUUUGUUGUUUGACGUAUUAAUUUUCAUGAGUCUAUGAUUCUUUUGUAAUUAAAACAAGCCUCUUUUUUCCAUUGGGUAGAAAUGGUCUUUUUCCACUGACUGGAAUGCAGCAAAGAAAAGAGUCGAGACCAAGACAACGGUGUGUAAAUUCCUACUGAUUUACAGUCAAACCUCUAUUAAGCAGUCACCUUCUAUUGACCUGCCAUUUACCAAAGUCCUGGAAAUUAUUUCUCUUAAUUACUUUCAAGCUCACCUGUAUUAAACAGUCACCUUUUCCAGGGUCCCAACAAGUUAUUUUUUAUCCUCUUCACCUCUAUUUAACGGUCUCUUUGACAAGAUGUACAAAUUAAACUAGUGUAAUAGAUAAUACACUCUGUAUGGCGUUUAGUGGUCUUUUACUUCCUUACUUGUCACACAAGGAGUGUUCGAGACAGUUUGAGGUCAAUUUGUCUUUGGAUGGAUAUUUCACUCUUUCACCUUUUUCAUUUUCUUGAAUAACUCUCAGGUUUGUCAAACCUCAUGAAUACGGUCAACCUGUAUUAAGCGUUCAGUAAGCCAUUGCCCGAGGGUGACCGCUUAAAAACCUUCCAGAUGAAUGUGGUGUCAGGCCCUUGUCAUCUGGUGUUAGUUUAGGCAGGUUAACUCAUUUCCAGGGCCAAGUUGUUUAUAGUCUAGGUAGCCUUAAUUUCGGUUACUGUAACAGAAUAUAAUAAUUAUGUCGUGGUAACUAACCCUUGCUGUGCUGAACAGGGGUCUUUUUUGCAUGAGCAUGCGCGACCGCUGAGCAAGCGAUGUGCAUGGAGGCUCACCACAGGGUUUGCCUUCAUCAAAAUGGCGCGUCUCAAAGCUAUCAUAGCGAUUAUUUUGCUCGUUGGUCUUUGCGAACGUGCUCGUGAUUUAAAAAAAUGUGUAGUUUGCAAAAAAAACUCUAACAUGGUCUUAACAAAAGCGAUACACGAGCUACUAUCAAAUUUCAUCUCCCCACUUGACCUGGACAACAGUGCGCGUAUAUGUAAGACCUGGAGGAUUGCUCUGACCUCAUCAAAGUCUAAACAAAGUGCAGAAACGUUUGCUGAUGCAAGUAAACACUUUCAAUUUUCUUUGUUUUGAAAUGGGAAAGGAAGAGAAAUAUUAAAAAAAAACAUAGCAAAUUUCAGCGAGUGGGUUCGAAGUGCGCGAAAGCCGAUGUUCAGUUCAGCAGUGAAUUAAUAUAUGUUCUACAAUUUUCCCAGCACUUUAAAGCUACAAAAUUAAGAGCACACGAGACGUAGAUUAGUCACCUGGUGAGAUGUUGGUGGUAGUCACUCUGUAUGUCUCGAACAAUAAAAAAAUGAAUAUCAAUGAGACACAGUCAAAACUGCAUUCAAUAGGACCGAAAUUAAAGUGCAAUCGUGCGACCGAUUUUGAUGAAACAAACGGUUAGGUUUCCCAAGAAGUACAGUAAACAUGUGAUGCGACCAAAAGUUAAAAAUCAUUAGCACAUUUAAGUUCUGGCCAAAAGCAAAUUCCUGUAAAAGAUGCGUUACAAUGUUAGUCCACGCAAAAGCAAGAAGUUCUACAAUUUUCCUAUAAACAAACUUUGUAUCGCUAAAAUACUUAAGGCAAAAACGUUCUAUUCCAACUGAAAACGGCGUGGUAGUCGCCCGCUGAUCGUUAUUAAUCCACUCCCGAAAUAUGGCUAAAUCAGCUAUUAACAAAUUAUUGAGAGAAAUCCUCUACGGCAUCGAGAAACUGAUUUACAUCCAAUUUAUAGACAAACACUAAAUAAAGAACAUUUUGCUCAAUAGCUACGCAUCAGCAAUGCAUUCUAUGCCAAACUUUGCGGUUCUUAAAGGGGAAUCAAGACACGAGUCGAGCGCCAAACAACAACAAGCAGCCAUGUUCGUGUCAGACAUCCUUGAGAAACUUGCUCUUUCACCUCGUUCAGCGCAUCAGUCUCCACUUUAAAUCAACAGAUCUUUACUUAUUUUGUACAACGAAGGUCUUUCCUAAGUUCCUGCUACCAUUUCAAUCUCAAGCAAGCUUUCAAAGUGAACAAUUUGGUUCCUAUGACUAUGCAGCACGGUCGCUGUCACUGGUCGCGUGCUCUUUGACAAGUCAGCGGUCGCGCAUGCUCAUGCAAAAAAGACCCCUGUUGCUGUGCUGUACUCUGUGAGCGUCAUUUCCUUUUUCCUCUACAUGUUCUGUGUGCUAAUUUGUUCAGUUUCAUAACUAACAUAUUCCAUCUUUCAAGAGUAUUGCCACCGUCAGUUCAGUUAUAAUGCGAGUGUAGGUCUCUUCUUAAGGCUUUUGAGCAUUAACCCUGGCUAUCUUUACAGCCAAGUAAAAACAUUCUUUUAAAUCCAUCUAUUUUUCUCCAUAUCGCUGUAUACGUUACUUUAGAAAAUAAGUGACAUGCUUGUUCAUGCCUCAGGAUUAAAUCUUUGCUUAACAUUUUUGUUUAUCCUUUAUAUUUUCAGACCAACUACUCCUGAAGGAGUGGAAUCAGUGCUGAGUGAAAACGAUGACCAGUAUGAAGAAGAAACCAGGAGGGUAAGUAAUAAGUAAUCUCAAAGCUAACGAAACGUUUGGGAGAAAACUUCUAUCCAUCAUAGCCAAGCGGGAGAAGCGCAGGUAUUAAACGCGCGAGGGCAUGGAGUGAAAGGAGCAAUAAAAUGAAACGUUGCGGGGUGGGGGUGGAAGAGCCAACCAACCCCCCCCACCCACCCACUGCUAUUUAUUUACGAAACGAAAACAACAGCUACGCGGGCUGAAAAUCAGUCAGACCUCUAUUUUGCGGUCACCCUUAGCUAGAGCUCCAAAUGACAGUCGUCAGACAAUGCCAAACUAAAAUUUGCCAAUGUUUGAAGAAAUCCCAACUGCGGUCAGAUGUGAUCACCGGGGAGAUCUAAAGACUGUCAUUUUGUAGCUCAACAUAAUGUUUGUCCGACAACGUCUCUGGUUUGUCCGAUUAAAAAGGUGACCAAGGCGGACAUAAAAUUGUUCCUAUUCAAACGUCAACUUUUCUGACAACUUUGCGGAAACGUAACGGUUUAUAGAGAUUUCCUCAUUUUUAUUUCCAUAUUAUUAAAAAUCACUGAAACAAGGUUUGAUUCAGAGCUCGUUUGUUACUUCGAAUAUUUUGUUCGCGCUCUUCGUUCCACACGUGCACGUGAACACUUUAAAUUAUGUGCUCAUCUUUUAUGCAGUUAUGAGUAUCUCGUAAACCUGUCCAUAUCAGUCGUUGUACUUCGUGCAUACGCUUUACUUUUUGUAAAUAAAUUCAUAACAAUGAGCCCAAGGUGUCCUCCUCGACCUUAAGCCAGUUUACUUCCAUACGCCAUAAAAUUGGCGCCACACUGACAGUAGAAAUUCUCAUUAAGAGCCUGUUUACAUGGAGUGGGGGACCCCGGUCUAGUUGGGUUGGUUUCUUUUGUUUUCACGCUCUGGGGGACACAAAACAAAAGAAACCUACCCCACUAGACCGGGGUCCCCCACUCCAUGUAAACAGGGUCUUACUCUAUGCUUCAAAUUUUUUUGGCGUUGACAGGCCUCCAUAAAUAAAUGUCAAAUCAAGCUUAAAACUCAGGACUCUGGCGAUGGAAAACAGCAAGACCAGGUAGUGAAAUGUGUGGUAACAUUACAGUUAAUCUACAAUACUUCCAUCGUAACAACAACAAUCAAGCUUGCCAAUAUGCAUAGAACGUACUACGUGCAUUAAAAGUGCAUGUUGUGCUUUUUUUGUCUGGACAAGCUUCAGUUUGCUAUAAAAAGUUAAAAUAGGGUAGUACUGACGAGAAUUUUCCAGGAUUUUGUCUAAACUAAAGGAACGCUGGGUUAUUAAGUAUACUUGCCUGUGCAUUGUUGUCAUUUAUUGUUAGCGUUAUUAAUCAAACUGCUAAAUAAAAUGGAGAUGGCACAAACCAAGAGAAUCACAGAAUCUGAAUUUGACUCUCUAAAAACAAUAAUUUAAUGAUAACCUAUUACUUAUGUGGCGCAAAUUAAGCGAUGAAUAGAUCAAAUGGGCCUAAUCAGUUAUUGGGUGGAUUUUUUUGGCAGUUUUAGAGAUGGCCUAUAGGGCCUAAUCCUUUUCUUUGCAAGCGAAACAUUGAAGGCAUUUUGCAAUGUUUCUGUUUUUAGCUAGAACUACUUCUCAAGCUGGAUGACAAGAUGAACAGACAUCUGAUGUGUGAUCUGCGCCCAGGUAUAGUUUUACCACCAUGGUUGGUUAGUUUAAGUCGAGCGACGGGUGCUACUGAUUGUUAAAACAAGAGAAAGUUUUAUGACUUUAUUGGUUACUUUACUACGGUCUGGUCACUAACCACUGGUUAAUCUAAUCACUCUAUAGUCCGAUGUAUAUUACCUAAGUUGUUGCUCUUCUUGUGACCGUUAGUUCUAUUUCUUCUAUUUCAGUCUUUUCGCCAUUAAGGAGCCUAUCCGAAGAUAGUUCCAUAAAAAUCGAAUUAAUCAUUAAUCUAGUGAUACCGUAAUAAGCUUCAGAUUGAAUAACCAAACGACUUUAAUCGAGACGUGCUGUAAGAAAACGCCCUCGACAUCUCAAUAGGGGGCUUCAACAUUCACGACGGCGACGGCUUCGAAAACGUCACUUAAAAAUUGAUUUCUUACUGUUUCAGACUUCCCGGCGCUUAUUCCAUCUCGUUCAAUUUGUCAUAUGUUGGCGAAUUUUAUUGGAGUUGAAUUCUAAAGAACUAAAUCUAAGUUCAGAAAAAGAAAAAGAACAUAUUUGUCUUGUGUUCACGUCCUCCAUUAAACGUGAAACUAGGAAGUUUCACGUUGUAGUCGUGCAAUGCUCAAGCGUGAUGCACGUGCAAAGUUUUUGUUUUGCUAAUCUAACCCUUUUUUGCCGUUCUCGUUGCCGUCGCCGUCGUCGUUGCUUAAGCUUCCUAAUAGCAUCACAUCGCCAAACCAAGCAGAAUCGACGCCUGUGGGCUCAGUUUGUUGUUGUUGGUUCUCUCCCUCGGUCCGAGAGGUUUUUAUUCCCGGGUACUCCGGUUUUCCCCUCUCUUCAAAACCCAACAUUUUCAAUUUCCAAUUCGACCAGGAAUCAGGUAGACGAGAACCACUUAGUGGAUUUGCUACCUCUAAAGCGUUAUUGAUUUAUUGUUUUAUUUAUAAAACAAACGAUCAGUAAAUAAGUAAACAACGAUAGAAGUCAAAUGAUCUUAAAAGUUUUUCUUUCGUUCUUAUUAAUUUUGUAAUGUUAAUGGUGGCAACCAGCAAUAUAUGAGAAGCCACUGAUUGUAAUAAUCCGGCGCCUUGUAUUUUUUGUUCAUUUGCAGGAGAUAGAGGUAGUGACAUGGCGGACGACUUGAUCAGAUGCGGACUUAUAAAUAAGGUACUGAGGACCUGAAUCUUCAAACUUAGUUAGUGAUGAGUAUCAUUUGUCUUGCUAAAGUGGGUGGUACAGAGGGGAAAUACCCUAAAAGAAGGGGGAGGGGGAUGUGUGUCCAUUCCGGAGCCGGGCGAGAAAUCUUCGUUCCAUUAUCUAAAUGGGAAUGGGUGGGGGAAAUGAGGCCUUUUUAAAUGAAGUCAUACUACAUUUUGUUUCCCUGGAUAGGAGACUCGGGGAAAUUUUCUCAUUGAGCCAAAGUGUAUUGCAUUUAGAUUUUUUUUAUUGUUAGAGUUUUGUUUAUUUUUGCUUAUCUUUCAGGCUGAUCGAGAUAUGAUUGCCAUUGCAAUGCAAGAGCAGUUAGAUUUACACCCAGUUUUGAAGACCUGUAAGUAA